AACUCUGGCAACGUUGCCGCGCUCCUUUUUAAGUGUUGGUAGCGGGAAAGUCCACGUCCUGGGUGGCCACACUAAACCCGGCUGAUCACAAAAUGUUGGAUACAAAAUUGACCGAUUUACCUGAUAUAAAAGCACCUGAUUUGACAUUUGAAGAAUUGACCCAAGUUCUGACGACCCUUCGUCCGCUUCAGCGGUACAGCUUUUGUGUGGAGGCUCAAAAAGAACAAGAUGUGGAGAAGCUGAAUAGAGGCUUUGUUAGGAUGCUAUAUAAUGAGCUGAGCUUGGAAGAAGUCGUCUCACUCUAUUCGGCAUCCAUUCUUAUGUUUGUGCUGAGGGAAGGUGGGCAGGUUAGACCAUGGCAUCAUCGACUAGAGCUGUUGAAUGGAAUAUUCAACUAUUCCGAUACUCUGAAACCGACUAUGAUACAUUAUGCGACGGUGGAAACGCUGAACAAUAUUAAACUGAUCAGUGCCGAAAGAGAAUAUUGCUACAUGUACUUGCUAGAGGCGAUUCCACACAUUCUCGUGUCUAGUGAUACUGGGAAGAUGAUUGCGCUUUGCCUAUUGCGAAGUGUCCUGGCCGACUAUUCCAACUCAACUAUUAUCCUUAACAUCUAUCGCAAUCUUUGGGAGGUUUGGGAAAUGAUCCAGCUAAUCAGCCAGGAUACGAUCCUCAAGGAGUGGUCACUGCGCAAGACUUACAUCCUUGUUAAGACAUUUUCUUUAAUAAUGGCCUCAACAGCCCUUUGCUCGUCCAAUCAGGGACUAAAGACGGCUGGCUACAGGGGUUUUGAUUUGCCUUCUGGUUCAUCGGAAUUCCGCAUCUGGUUCAAGAGUCUAAAAGACAGACUUGAUGAGAAAUACAAGGAACUCAAGAGCAAGGAUGGACUCAUGUUGGUUCGCUUUAUAGAGCACAACAUUAUCGGCCAUUUAAAGGAAACAGCCAACGAGUCUAUGUCUGAUACUGGUACCGAGGCGGUUGCCGAGACGGAAAAGGACACCACCGCCUAGUGAUAAAUUAUUUGUUAAUACUAUUUAUUAAUAUUAUAAUUCGAAUGUUUAAGAUAGCACAAA